AUGGUUAAUUCUUCUGAGGUUUGGGAAGCUUGCCCCUCAGUUUCUUUCUUUUUUGCUCGCUUAGGGGCGGCUUUGGGUGUUUCUGGGGACUUUUUUCCGUUGAUUGGGGAUUAUCUCUUUGAAGGUAGUGGUUUGAGUGUGGUGUUAGGGGAGCUAUCUCCGAUUUUGGGUCGGUCACUGGCUUGGUUUGAGAGAGAGACGAAGAGGAUGUCUGAGGUGAGGUCUAGUGAGUUAGAUACUGGGUUGUCGUCUAGCGGCGGCCCAGUUGAAGGUGAUACAGUCGUUUCUGCCCCUCGUCAGGUUAGGGCUUUUUAUUCUCUCAACGAGGAGUGUGGGCUGGACGCUGAUACAGUGGCCAGGUUUAAAGAUAGGUUUCAAUUUCCUGCGUGGGUCCACGUUUGUCGGCCUGGUCCUGACGACCGGGCUUGUCAUUUCUUUCCUGGGGAAGUGUGCCUCUACGAGGCUGCUUUCACUUCAGGACUCAGGUUACCCGUCCAUCCCUUUGUGAUGGAGCUCCUGGACUACUUUGGCAUUGCCCCCGGGCAGCUUAUGCCUAACUCCUGGAGGAUAGUUAUUAAUUGUAUGGAAAUAUGGCUAGCGGCCAAUGAGGACAUGAUCAAAGUGAGUGAGCUGGUCCAUAUCUAUCAUUUGAAGGAAUCAAAGGAGUAUGGAUAUUAUGAACUAGUUCCUUGGACGAGGAGGGAUAGGAUCGUUAAGGGUCUAGCCUCGUCAUUCAGGUACUGGAAGUCACGUUUCAUUUUCGUGUCCGGGGAUGGCUUUGAGACCCCUUCUAGCGAGGCUUGGGGUGAUAUCCCAAGGUUGCUUCGUCAGUGGGGAACCCCAGACUUAGUUAAGAAACACCCAAAGUUGAAGAGCAAAUACCGGGUUCGUGUCCAGAAGGCGAUUGAAUACGCGAAGACAAUUGAGAGCUGGGACGACCUUCUUGAUCCACGAACACUUUCUUUCUACUGCUUAGGCCCGGAUCCGUCUCCGUACGUUCUGCGCAGUAUUACCAUCGAAGAGAAGAAGAAGAUGACGACCAAGUUUAAUAAUGACAUGUACGCCAAGAUGAGGGCCAAGAAGGAUGAGCCCUUGUCCAAUAUUGGCAAGAAGAUCAUUCGUGUUACGGGGAAGGGACCAUCUGUUGUCCCCCCUGCAGAUGCCACUCCAAUCGUCUCGACAGUUGAAGGCGUAAGGGUGGCCUCCCCAGCUACCUCAGUUGAGGAAAUCCCCACCCCGUCGUCCAAGAGGCCGAGAUUGUCUGCCAAGGACAAAGAGAAGGAAAAGGUUGGCUCGUCCAUCUUUGACGACGAGGGAGUGGCCGUGGAGCGGGCACAUAACAUCGUGCGGGCUGAGGACCUUAAGGUAUUUUCUGGAGUGCCUGUCAACGUGGUUGCGGGUCAGCACGUCCACAAAAUUGUACAGGUGUUGGGUGAAAGCCUUCACCUUGCCUCUGAGUAUCUUACUCAAGAGGCCAAGGUGGCUUCUUUGACGUCCAGGAUGGAGGCUCUGGAAAAGGAGAAUUCUGCACUCAAAAAGGACCUCAUUGAGUCCAUGGACGGGGCUACAACCUUGAAGGAGCAAGUCAAGGCUUUGAACUCUGAUCUCAGGGUUGAACGUCAGCUGAACUUAGAGAAGGACGACCAACUUCAGGCGGCGAAGGAAAAACUGAAGACGAUUUCGGCUAGGUCCGUCGAGGAUUUCCAGCAAACUGAAGAGUAUUCCACAGUACUCUUCAGUUGGUACUUCAAGGGCUUCGAGCUCCUCCGCAGAUACCUCGUCAAGCACCCUGCUGGAGUUGAUCUACCGUCUCUGGAUUUGGAAGUGGUGGAUCAAGAGAUGGCUGCUGACGAGGCCACCCAAUCCUCUCUGCCUGAAGGUGAUGCUCCUGGUGGCGACGCCCCUAGUGCUGAAGACGCUUCUACUGCUGAUGGCCCAGUUACUGACGCUCCGGAAGCCCGAGCUUGAUCCUUGGAAAAAUUAUCUCUCAUAUUUGCCCAUUAAGUUUUA